AUAAAGUUUGCUUGCUAAUGAAACCUAUAAAAAUUACAAAUAACGAAAAUGUUAAUCCGUUGCCUUAAAGAUAAAAGAUAAAAAGAAUCAAUGUAUUAGAAUUAUUUUAGAAUAGAUUGCUUUAGAAUUAUUUGAGAAUCCUGUAUAGCUUAACAUCUCCCCCUUGAGAUUGAAAGUAGAAAAUGAUGCAUAAUAGUAUCUAGAAGCAAUCAGUGCUUUUUAAACAGUGGAAUUAUAAAAUCCAAUAGUAAACGAAAGAGCUAAAAGUGUUAGUAAUUUAUAGAUUUUUAUAAUAAUAGUGGAAGACAAUGAUUUUGGGGCGUGGUAAGAACAAAAAUACAUUCAACCCAAUUCUAAUUAAUAUCGAUAAUCUUAUAAAAAAUAAUAAAAGAGCUGUUAGUUCAAGAUUAGACAGCAAUCACCAAAAAUUUAAUAAUAAAAUAAAAUUACAAAUAAGAUUAUCCAAUAUCCAUUGACCGGUUAUUUAGAAAGGGAUUAAAACCAGUUAUUUUCUAGAGAUAAAUAUUUUAAAAUUAUCCAGAAUUUGAAUGGAGCAACUCAUAGGAAAAAAACAAAGAAAAUAUUUCCAAGCAGCACUUAAACUAGCAGGGCUUAAUCAUCAUUGUCAUUUUAACUGUGA